CCUCCUCUCAUCGCCAAUGAGAAUGCUUCCCUCGGGGAUGUAUACAGCAGUGAUCAGACCAAUCCUGAGCAUCCUAUCAGCUGCGGCUUCUACAGGCUUGAAAAGGGCACCCCACUCGUCUACACAUACACGUAUGACGAAAUGAAGAUCAUUGUGGAAGGUGUGUUUGUUCAUCUACAUCUGCCCAAUAGAACUGAUUUCGGAAUACANGGUCAAUAUACCAUUUCGGAUGAGACGGGCAACAAAGUGGAGGCCAAGCCUGGUGAUGUCUUCUUCUUUCCCAAGGGCUCGACCAUCACCUUCACAACCGAGGAUUACGGCUUGGCCUUUUACACCGGUGCCAGGAAGGAAGGUGCGGCGUAA